UGUGGACAUGACGUUUACAAUGACAGUCAGUGUUCUAUGUUUAUGGAUGUAUUGAAUUGGUGUUUUAAUUGAUUUAUUAAUUAUUUCUGUUUUCCCGACUAUCUCCGCAUUGAACUUAUUACUGUUAUUAUAAUAGUUUUUUAAUUAAAAAGGAAAAAUUGCUUCUAACGCCAAAAUGACCAAAAGACAUGCGGAGGAAGCGCUUGCUUCCUCCAGCGGUCAGCCGCCUAUAAAAAAAAUACACUUUGAGCCCCAUUUGAUCGGGCCGGUAUCCACUCUGGAAGAAAUGGACAUAAAAGUUUUACAGUAUCAAAACAAAAAAUUAGCUCAAAAAAUAGAGCAAAGACAUAGGACUGAACAGGAAUUGAGACAGAGAAUUGAACAAUUGGAAAAAAGACAAACUCAAGAUGAUGCUAUGUUGAAUGUCGUAAAUCGAUAUUGGAAUCAACUCAAUGAAGAUAUACGAAUACUUUUACAAAGAUUUGAUGCCGAAACAGCUGAUGAAUCGGAAAAUAAAAACGAAAAUGAAGCAACUACUUCUUUUUUGAUGCAGUUAUCAACUUGGGAUAAAGAUGAACUGAAUGAUAAGUUAGCAAAUAGGGUUCAAGUUUCAAGAAGAGCUGUAGCUAAAGUCAUACAAGCCUUUGACAGACUUAUGCAAAGAAACGAAAAAAUAACAUUGGCUCUGAAAGGAGAGUUGGAAGGACAGGAUGCCCCAAGCGUUGAUGAGACCAUUAGACAAGCAAAUAUUGAACUACAAGCAGAAAACAGAAAUCUUCAAGCUUUACAUACAACCCUGCAUGAAAAAUAUCAUUUAAACAGUCUGAAAGUUGCUGAGUUACAAGACUCAGUUACGGCUAGGGAAACAGAAAUAGCUGAAUUGAAAAAUCAGAUUGACGAUUUACAAUAUGAGUUCGACAAGGUACGCAACAGAAAUGACAAACUUGAAACCCACUUGGCUGAAGCUAUAGAGAAACUUAAAACCUACAACCAACUCCACGGUGAUCCCGAUAAAAAUGCACAGCAAAAACCUGUGGUACAAACGAGUCUUUCCCAAGCUAAACUCGAGGAUUUGAUGAAGGAGGUGGAAGAAUUAAAAGAACUAUCGAAUAAUAGACUUCAGGAACUCGAUAAGUUGCAUAUGACACAUAGGGAGACUCUCAAAGAAGUUGAAAAACUCAAAAUGGAUAUCCGUCAACUCCCUGAAAGUGUUAUUGUUGAAACAACCGAGUACAAAUGUCUUCAAUCUCAAUUUUCCGUGUUGUAUAAUGAGUCUAUGCAGCUGAAAACUCAAUUGGAUGAAGCUAGACAGCAAUUACAGCAAACUAAAAACGCCAAUGCCAGAAAUAUAGAACUAAUGGAGAGCGACGAACUAAUGUCUCAGAAGAAGCUGCGCCAAGAAGUGAUGCAGUUAGAAGAUUUUCUUGCACAAAUAAGAAAGGAGUAUGAAAUGCUUCGAAUAGAGUUCGAACAGAAUCUUGCUGCCAAUGAACAAACUGGUCCAAUCAAUAGAGAAAUGAGGCAUUUAAUAACGUCACUACAAAAUAAUACACAGCAGUUAAAAGGUGAAGUGCAUAGAUACAAAAGGAAAUAUAAAGAAGCUAAUGCGGAAAUUCCAAAAUUGAAAAAAGAAAUAGAAGAAUUGCAAGCCAAAAUAACUCAAUUAGAAUCAAACCAAGAUUCCAAAGAAAAUAUAAAGCAAGAAAUCAAGGAAGAAGACCAAGGUACAUCGGAGGGAAUUCAAAUCAAAGAAGAAGGUUCCACCACUCCGACAAUCAAAAAGGAAGAGGAAGAUACAGAAAUGACUGAAGAAACCGAUGCUGACAAGGAUAAAGCAGGAGGAUCUCCAUCUUGGAAAAAAGAUGGGAACAAACCUGCCCAAGGCGCUGUGAAAAAAGAUCCUGUAAAGACGGAGAAAGACCAUAGGGAGGCGCAAAGAGCCAAAGAACAGAAAAUAAUGGAAAAUGAGAUAAUAAGAGACUUGAAGAAUCAGUUAAAGAAAGCUUUGAACGAGCAGAAAGAAAUGAAGCUGCUUUUGGACAUGUACAAAGGCGUCAGCAAAGAACAGAGGGACAAGGUGCAGCUGAUGGCAUCGGAGAAGAAACUAAGAAUGGAAGUCGAAGAUCUCAGACAGCAAAUCAAAAAAAUCCAGCAAAUAUUUUUGUUGCAGGAUAGUAAGAGGGAUGAUAAGAGGAAAAUGGCAGAGGAUGAAGCCUUGAAAAAGAUAAAACAGUUGGAAGAGCAAAAGUAUGAGCUACAAAAGCAAGUGGCAAAUCAAAAGCCCGCCGAUGGCAAUUGGGGUAAUGUUUUACAUCAGAUGAGGCCGUUCGUUGGUUCACAGGAAGAAGAAGCACUUCUUAACGAAAUGGAAGUCACUGGACAGGCUUUCGAAGACAUGCAGGAGCAAAAUUCGAGGUUGAUUCAACAACUAAGAGAAAAGGAUGAUGCCAACUUUAAACUUAUGUCCGAGAGGAUUAAAUCUAACCAGUUGCAUAAGUUGGCUAGGGAAGAAAAAGAUGUCUUGAAGGAGCAAGUGCAAACUUUAACGACACAAGUAGAUGCAGCUAAUAUUGUUGUACGUAAACUAGAAGAAAAGGAGAGGAUUCUGCAAAAUACUUUGGCUACAGUUGAGAAGGAAUUGUCUCUUAGGCAACAAGCUAUGGAAAUGCACAAGAGGAAAGCAAUAGAAUCUGCGCAAAGUGCUGCUGACUUGAAACUUCACUUGGAAAAAUACCAUUCACAGAUGAAAGAAGCUCAGCAAGUGGUAGCGGAAAAAACAAGUUCCUUAGAAGCCGAGGCUUAUAAGACGAAAAGACUGCAAGAAGAAAUAGCCCAAUUGAAACGGAAGGCGGAGAGGAUGAAGAAGAUGGAAAUAUCGGGUACAACUCUCGAUGAAGUUAUGAUGGAAGAAAUAAGAGAAUACAAAGAGACGCUUACUUGUCCAUCCUGUAAGGUCAAGAGGAAAGAUGCUGUUCUUUCGAAAUGCUUCCACGUUUUCUGUUAUGACUGUCUUAAAACCAGAUACGAGACCAGGCAAAGAAAAUGUCCGAAAUGUAAUUGUGCCUUUGGUGCAAAUGAUUAUCAUAGAUUGUAUUUAUCUAAUUAAUUAGGUGGAAAUAUUUUUAUUUUAACCGUGUAAAAUGUAUGAUUUUUUAAAUCUUGAUGGAGAUAUGAAUAUAAGCUUUAGUUGUU